AUGCUAUUUUGUCAUGGGGAGAAAAAGUCUUUUUCUUUUCUUGUAAGGGCUCUUAAGACUUUUGAGAAAGUUUCGGGUUUAGUAGCCAACUCAGAAAAAACAGCUGUGUAUUGUGGUAGUAUGGAUUCUACGAAGAAAGAGGAGACACUGGGUAGCUAUGACUUUAUUAUGGGUGAUUUUCCGUUUAAAUAUCUCGGGAUUCCUCUCAAUGCUAAGUAUAUGCUAAGCUCUGAUUUUGAUAGCGUUGUUGAUAAAAUGUUGGCUCGCAUUACUUGUUGGUCGAGUAGGAAUUUGUCUUAUGCUGCAAGGGCUACCCUCAUAAAUUUUGUUCUCAUGAGUCUUCACUUGUACUGGGCUCAGUGUAUUCUCCUUCCUAAGGGGGUUAUGCAUCGAAUUACUCAACUGUGUAGAUCUUUCCUAUGGGAUGGAGCUGUUGUCCUAGGUGGAGCCCCCCCUAUCUCUUGGGAUUGGGUGUGUAAGCCAAAGAAGUAUGGAGGGAUAGGAGUGAGGGAUUGUAGUAGAUGGAACAAGGCUGCCUUGGGGAAGUAUGUUUGGAAAAUUGCAAAGAAGGAGGAUACGUUGUGGGUAAAAUGGCUGCAUAGUAUAUACUUGAAAGAUCAAGAUUGGUGGUCUUAUAGUCCUAAGAAGAGUGAUGGUUGGUUUUGGAGGGAACUGUGUGCUGUGAAGGAUGAACUCCGACAGGGGUUUGAGAUAGGUAACUGGAUUAGCAAAAAUUACAAAAUUUCAGAUUGUUAUGAUUGGUUACAGGGGCCUCAAGAGAAGACUAUUGCAAACUGGCUCGGAAUUGCUGAAAGGAAUUUCAGAUUGAAUGUAUCUUGGAAACAUUGGAAGAGACAAGGUAUGGAUAUGAUUCAUAAGAGAGUAUACCUAGCUGCUUUUUCUGCAUGUGGAUACUAUAUUUGGUUUGCUAGGAAUCAUGCCUUUUGGGAAAAAGCUUUCUCGUUUGGUGGCUUCUGUCCUAUUACCUGCCACUGUUCUCCCUGUGUCUUGCUGGUUCUUGUGCUGCUGUUAGGAUUUCUUUUUUCUACUGGGGGCCUGCUUAGCCUUUCUACGUUGCAGGGUACUGCUGCUGGCUGCCUGUUACACUAUUCUGUGAUGCUGUUUGUUUAUCUUAUGGGCUGCAGUCUGUUUCUUGGAUCCGCUGGUGUAGACUGCUAG